GGCGGGUUAUCAACAACAGAGUCGGUCUUAGGAGCUAACGAUACUGAGGGGACAGAGCUUGAGUGUUGUUUUGAAUUUGCUGGAAGACACUGACUCGAAGGGGGGCUAGGGCCUGUGGAUAAGAUGGCGGAUGUAGAAGGCGAUGAAUCUCGGUCGGCUCUUCCUUCGGCAUCCCGUAACGGUCCAGUUGUCGGUUCGUCUGCGGGCACCGCGGGCCACAACGCAGCUAUCGUAACGUCAGGUCCACGGAAGGUGAGGAUCGUCAAGUCUGAAUCAGGCUACGGUUUCAAUGUUCGUGGUCAAGUUAGCGAAGGAGGACAGCUUCGGAGCAUCAACGGGGAACUGUACGCUCCUCUUCAGCAUGUCAGCGCUGUUUUGCCCGGUGGUGCAGCAGACCGAGCUGGGAUAGCAAAGGGUGACAGGAUCCUGGAAGUUAAUGGGGUGAGUGUGGAAGGUGCCACCCAUAAGCAGGUGGUGGACCUGAUCCGUGCAGGGGAGAAGGAGCUGGUUCUGGCUGUGCUGUCUGUUCCAUCCCAGGAGGCUGAUGGUUUGGAAGGAGGAGAGGAUGUCCAACCCAACUAUGACUACAGUGACAAGCAGGCAGUGCCCAUUUCCAUUCCCACAUACAAACAUGUAGAGCAGCACUCCGAGAGGUUUGUGGUGUACAACGUGUACAUGUCAGGUAGACAGCUGUGCUCAAAGCGCUACCGGGAGUUUGCUAUCCUGCACCAGAACCUGAAGAGGGAGUUUUCCAACUUCAACUUCCCAAAGCUUCCCGGCAAAUGGCCAUUCUCCCUGUCUGAACAGCAGCUGGAUGCUCGCCGUAGAGGCCUGGAGGAAUAUCUUGAGCGAGUUUGCUCUGUACGGGUGAUCGGGGAGAGUGACAUCAUGCAGGAGUUUCUCUCUGAAUCAGAUGAGAACUACAAUGGAGUGACAGAUGUAGAACUGCGGAUAGCCCUGCCAGACAAGACCACCAUCUCUGUGAGAGUCCGCAAAAACAGCACCACAGACCAGGUGUACCAGGCAUUAGUGAUGAAGGUUGGAAUGGACAGUAUUAUGGCAAGCUACUUUGCCCUUUUUGAAGUCAUCAACCACUCCUUUGUGCGGAAGCUGGCGCCUAAUGAGUUUCCCCACAAGCUUUAUGUGCAGAAUUACACGUCGGCAGUGCCGGGGACUUGCUUGGCACUCCGCAAAUGGUUGUUCAGCCUCCAGGAGGAGGAGUUGCUAAGAGACAACCCGUUGGCACUGCACUACUGCUUUCACCAGGCAUUGGAAGAUGUGAAGAAGGGAUUCAUAAAAACAGAGGACAAAUCCUACCAGCUGCAGAAGCUGGCAGAGCAGCGCAAGAUGGCCACGUACCUGAGUCUGCUGCGGACAUGUGAGGGCUACAAUGAGGUGGCGUUUCCGCACUGCUCCUGUGACUCCAGGAGGAAGGGACAUGUCAUCACAGCUAUCAGCGUCCAUCACUUCAAGCUGCACGCUUGUACUGAGGACGGCACGCUGGAGAACCAGGUGAUAGCUUUUGAGUGGGGGGAGAUGCAGCGCUGGGACACCGAUGAGGAGGGGAUGGCGUUCUGCUUUGAAUACGCCAGAGGAGAGAAGAAACCUCGCUGGGUCAAGAUCUUCACUCCAUACUUUAACUACAUGCAUGAGUGCUUUGAGCGUGUCUUUUGUGAGCUGAAGUGGAGGAAACAGGUUGAGGAAGAGGCAUCUGACAAAGACAACAAAAACUGCAGCAACAAUGACUAUCUGCCUCCUCUGGAGACACAGCAGAAGGGAUGGCGCCACCUAGGGGGGGAGAUCGCAACUUCCUAAAACCAUUUAUCUUCACUCAAACUAGAACUGGUCCACUCACAUCAUCACAACCACCCCAGAGAGCGCCCAUCGACAAACACAGAACUGAGUGACAGACUGAGGCGAUCCAAGCCCCGAAAACAAACUGAAAGUGACCAAUUUGUGAAAUUGGAAUAGUCACACUUAACCAACCCCAGGGAUACACACAGCAAGAAGAGCUAUGAAGGAGAACAAACAAAAGCCAACUUUCAUGUCAUUUACUAGAUCUCCAUAGCGUGUCUGUUGUUUUCCUCCAUGCAUCUGCCGUGUGAUGUGGGGCAGGACACAAGCAAAUUCUCACCACUGGUUGAGAUGUAACACACACAUACAGUGUGUGACUGGUCAGGAUCACCACAGCGCUGCAGCACCAUUUGCGCAAAGAGAGCACCUCGAUGACUCACCACCUGAUGAGGGAGCAGACUUAUGGAAUAGGACUGUGACGGGCGGUUCUCCAACACGAUCGGCUCGGCCCAAAGCCUUCAGCGUGGCCCUCGUCUGCUAAACUGAGCUGAGAUGAUGGAGAUGAAAUUAAGAAGGGAGGGAUAUAGAAAAACGGGGUUUUCACUUUAACAGUUAGUGAUAAAGAGAGAAAGCAAAAUCAUGCUUUAAACUGAUGAUGGACAUUAACAUAAAAAUUAUGUUUUCUAUCUGUAAGGUCAGAAGUAUUCUGUCCUUGUCAGAAAACAUAAAUGUAACUAACUGAAAAUGGAUGUGGGGGAACAUGUUCAUAAUUGUGUGUAUGUUAUGUAUCUUCUGAUAAAAUAUAGAUUAAUAUAAGAGCUAAAAUAAUUGGUUUCUUGAUCUAACACAAUGGAACUAACUGAAUUGCGUUCAAGCUGCUCUAACAAAUCUCCAUUUUUCACCUUGUCUAUUGGUCUGUUGGCAGUCUGCCAUUAAUGUCAGUAUGUGUAUUUAUCCCCCUCGCAAGUGUUUUAUUGUGGUGAUUUUGCAGAGCUUGGAAGUUGAGAGGAAGAGGUUUUCUCAUUCUCAGCUCUGUGCACGGAUGAUCUCUUGAACGAAAGGUUGAUGGGCCAAACGUUGAUGUUUUUGAAAUGGCACACGUUCUACAUGGGUAAUCUUUCCGACAGAUUAUGAAUAUAAGGGCAGGAAAGUUUUUUUUUUUGAGUGUAUGUCCGUUGAGCUGCAGUUUUCUGAACAGGCAGCAGAGAGCAGCAGAGUGUAAGACAGAUUUUGUUGUAUGUUUUGAGCAGAAAUAGAAAUCCUCUCAGAGCUUCUUAAAGUGUGAUCCCUCGGGCUCUGUAACUCACCCAAAAUUAUCACUCCUCUGCAGUUUGUCCAUUAACCACGUCAGGAGGACAGAUUGUGUGUAUGUGUGUGUUGUACAGAGUAGAUGGUGCAUAAAGUUGUGUGACUGCAACCACAACCAUCAGCAUACAUAGCGAUGCAGACAGCUGUCUGCCUCUUACGACACCUAAAUGAGUGCAGUAUUAGUUGUGCGUGCUUGCACAUGGCAUAUGACUAUAAUGACAGUUUUACAAUUUACACUGCUUAUUUUUUCUCUGUGUAGAUGUUCAGUUUCAGACAUUUUUGUCUCACUUUAAGUGUGUAGAAUGCAGGUAUACAUGCUGACAAAAAAUGCUUCUGAAUGGAGACAAUGUGGGUAAAUGUACUGAUUUCACCUGAAUGCAAUAGAGUUUUGUUUAUCCCACUAAGUGCUAGUAGUCUAUCAGAGCCUAAUCAUUACUGACUCAUUCUUGUUCUUCACUUGCCUUCUUCACACUUCUGGCAGCGACCAAAAACAUGAAGUGAUGAGAGUGAUGUUGGUUUAUUUUUUUAUUCACACUGACUUUAGAGCACAAGUUCAAGUUUCACUUUGUUUGUUUGUUUGUUUUCUCCAGUUGAGCUUAGCUUUCGGUUCAAUAAAAUGUUUAAUUCA